AUGGCAGUCGAUAGAUAUCGUAUAACUCUUGACAACGAUCUUGAUGAAUGGUCAGAUGUUGAAGCGGUUGAAGAAAUGAGUGAGAUUGGAGAAACGUCAACAAGACAAAAUUCAGGUAAACCAGUCAAGGUGGAUUUAGAAUAUCAGAAUGAACUGAGGAAAGUUAUUCUUAGUAUACAAAAUGAUCUUAACAUACCUCGGGAUGAAAAGGCGAAGAAAGUUCAAGAUUUGAUGACGUUUCAUUGGCGGAAAAAUGAAAAAAAACCAACAGACAAUUUAAAUAUCGAUAUCGAUGAUGAAUUUAUCGAAGAUGACCUCAAACCAACAUAUACUACUAUUCAACCUGCCAACAAAGCUUGCAAUAAUUGCAAACAAGAAUUAGCUCGGUAUUACUGUGACAAAUGUAAAUUCUGGGAUGAUCACCCGAGCCACCUGAAGGGCAUGCACAAGUGUAUUGAAAAGAAUCUGGAUCGUGAUUGCAUGAUCUGUGGAGAAUAUUUGUUUUCAUCAACAAUGAAACCUCAUCUAAUGUUAUGUGGUCAUAGUUUGCAUGAGGAGUGUUUUAUAGAAUACAGCAAAACUGCAUACCAAUGUCCAACAUGCUGCAAGUCUAUUGCAAACAUGGAAAUUUAUUUUCGGCGGAUCGAUGCUAUUGUUGCUCAACAAAAAAUGCCACCCGAAUAUGAGAAUUUCGUUGCACACAUAUUAUGCAAUGACUGUGAAAUACGUAGUACUGUCAGUUAUCACUUUUCAUAUCAUAAAUGCCCUGAAUGCCGAGGAUACAAUACCAAGGUCUUAGAAAUAAAGUCGGAACUACCAGAAAAUAAUCCACCCAAGAGUGAAGGGUCAAGCACUUCGACAGCUAAUAGUGGAUCACCUAAUAAUUCACAGGUGCGACAAUCAAGAGUUAUGGAAGCUACUGCUAUGAUGCAACGUGAAGAAGGGCCAACUGAUGGGGGGAAUGUGACAGAGCAUCGGACAAGAAAUCCCUUGAAUUCAAUAGAAUCAAAUAAUGAUGCUUAG